UUUCCUCUCUCUACACCCAUACAUUGAUACAUACAUUCGCCCUUUCUCUCUCUCACCACACGCAUACACAAACAUAUAUACAAACGGUAUCCGAGUCUACCUCCCCUCUCUCUGUAGAAAUUGCUAUUUGAUGUUUUGAUCCGAGAUUACAAGCAUUGCAUUGUUCUGCGCUAAGCUAUAUUCAAUAGCUGCUAGCCAAGGACAUACUUAAUUUAAGUUUGUAACCGCUGCAAAUGCUUUUCAGCUACACUGAUAUUUGAUACAGAUUAAUUUGUGGAUAAAUACAAUAUUGAAAUUGGUAGAUUAGGCUUUUUGCUGUGUUAAUUUCGAGGACAGCAUGUUGGGGGCAGGAGUGCAGUUCAAUAGGAGUAGAAAUUGCGACGAUCGGUUUGACAGCGCCGCCAAGGCUCGCCGGAGCCAAAAUUUAACGCGGAGAGCUCAGAGUCAGAGCGAUGUCUGCUCGAGGCGGAGCCACCGCGAUGAGUUGCCGCAGGAGAAGUCUGUGCCGGAGUCUCCGACGCCGGCGGCUGAGUCCUCGUCUCUGUGUAAUUUGGAGAGAUUUUUGGAAUCAAUCGCGCCUUCGGUCCAAGCGCAACAUUUAUCUAAGAUGAUGGCGAGGGACUGGAGACAAUGCAAUGCUGAGUUUCAGCCAUACUUUGUGCUUAGUGAUUUAUGGGUGGCAUUCAAGGAAUGGAGUGCUUAUGGCGCUGGAGUGCCUUUACUACUAAAUGACACUGAUAGCGUCGUUCAGUAUUAUGUUCCGUAUUUAUCAGGCAUCCAGUUGUAUGCCGACCAUUCAAAGAGUACAACAAAGUUGAGGCGGCUUGGUGAAAGUGAUGGAGAAUAUUGUAGGGAUUCUAGUAGUGAUGGAAGCAGUGACAGUGAACUGGAUGGAGUACCAUCCCCGUUAAGUGAGCAUCAUAUGGAAUUUCAAGAAGGCUUUUCAAGUGAUGAAGGCGAAUUUGGAAGUUCAGAGGGCAGCUUGUUGUUUGAGUAUCUUGCACGGGACCAACCAUAUUGUAGGGAACCUUUAGCAGACAAGAUAUCUGAUCUAGCUCGUGAAUUCCCCGAGCUCAGAACUCUGAGAAGUUGUGAUCUGCUUCCCUCCAGUUGGCUUUCUGUGGCCUGGUACCCAAUUUACAGAAUACCAACUGGGCCAACUCUUAAAGAUUUGGAUGCUUGCUUUCUAACUUUUCACUCUCUUCAUACCCCCAUGACAGGAAACGAAGCUGCGCAAUCUCCAGUCUUCACUUUUCCAUCUGAGAGUGAUGGUGUUCCACAGAUUUCGCUGCCGGCUUUUGGCAUGGCCUCAUACAAGUACAAAGUUUCACUAUGGACUCCGAAUGCAGGAAAGCAGCGGGACUUGGCAAAUUCUCUCUUGCAAGCUGCUGACAAUUGGCUGAACUUACUCCAUGUCAAUCACCCGGAUUUCUCCUUCUUCUGCCGUAGGUAAACUUGGUUGCAAUUCCCCUCCUUUUCCGUCUCCUUCUUCUUCAACCUUCUACAUGAAACGCCACCAAAUGCCAUUGAAGUGCUGUUAAUUCCAACUAGCACGUGAAACAAAACCGAGGGGAGAAAAAAGGAAUGUGCUUCAGUGUUUUUUUAAUGGUGGAAUAAGGUUAUAAUUUAGCGACGACACAAUAAAUUUUGUUUUAGCAAGAUUAAAGGUGGCUGAAGUUGAUGCUCUGUUUUUUCGCAAUUUGUAUUAUAGAACAAGCUGCGUUUUUUCUAGUUGCCGAUAUGAUGUAGUAGUAUGUUUAUUAAAAUGUCUUAAUUUGAAGGGGAUUCUAUAGAGAAAUUGAAUUGUGUAACUAAAUGUUCAAAAUAGUAGACGAAUGGAGUGUUUUUGCA